CAGAUGGAGUUGGUUUCUGUCUUACCGAACCGACAACGUACAUUCUUAUUACACCAAACCAUCUACCUACUACUUCUACAGUUCUACUACUACUAUGAUACUUGUUUGCAUUAGCAUCUCCAAUUCUCUGCCUAUCCACAGAACCUACUACUCCAAAUGUCUUCGUCGUCGUCGUCGUCGUCGUCGUCCUCUUCAGUCCAUAAUGUUAUCGCCUGCAAAGCUGCGGUGGCUUGGGGCCCUGGACAGGCGUUGCUGAUGGAGGAAGUACAAGUGAGUCCACCUCAGCCGCAAGAGAUUAGGAUCAAAGUUUUCUCCACUUCUCUCUGCCGUAGCGAUCUCUCUGCUUGGGAAUCUCAGGCUAUUUUUCCUCGGAUAUUUGGUCAUGAAGCAUCAGGGAUUGUUGAGUGUGUUGGAGAGGGAGUAACUGAGUUUGAAGAGGGCGACCAUGUGCUCACAGUAUUCACAGGAGAAUGCAGGACUUGCAGACAGUGCAUAUCUGGUAAAAGCAACAUGUGCCAAGUACUAGGUCUGGAAAGGAAAGGUGUAAUGCAUAGUGAUCAGAGGACCCGCUUCUCAAGUAAAGGGAAGCCCAUUUAUCAUUAUUGUGCUGUUUCAAGUUUCAGUGAAUAUACAGUGGUGCACACUGGGUGUGCUGUAAAAGUUAGCCCAGCUGCACCUUUGGAGAGAAUAUGCCUUCUGAGUUGUGGAGUAGCUGCAGGUUUGGGUGCAGCUUGGAAUGUUGCUAAUAUAUCUGAAGGUUCAACUGUUGUCAUUUUUGGUCUUGGAACUGUAGGCCUUUCUGUUGCUCAAGGUGCUAAACUUAGAGGGGCAUCUCAAAUAAUUGGUAUUGAUACUAACCCUGAGAAGCGUGAGAAAGCAAAGGCUUUUGGAGUAACACAAUUUAUCAACCCAAAUGACAGUAAUGAGCCUAUUCAACAGGUUGUCAAGUCUAUUACCAAUGGAGGGGCAGAUUACUCUUUUGAAUGUAUUGGUGAUACUGGAAUGGUUACUACAGCAUUACAAUCUUGCUGUGAUGGGUGGGGAUUAACAGUUACUCUUGGUGUACCUAAAGUGAAACCUGAAAUAUCUGCUCACUAUGGACUGCUUCUCAGUGGAAGAACAUUAAAAGGAUCUCUGUUUGGAGGAUGGAAACCUAAAUCACAUCUUCCUUCAUUAGUAGACAUGUAUCUGAAAAAGGAAAUUCAAAUUGAUGAGCUCAUCACACACAAUCUGCAAUUUGAAGAUAUCAACAAGGCAUUCAAUCUUAUGAAGGAAGGGAAGUGUUUACGCUGUGUCAUUCACAUGCCAAAAUAGUUCUUUGUUCUUCAAUGAGACAUGAGGGUGAAUGUUAUCAGGUUCUUUAUUUGAACUUCAAAAUGCUUCAAUUUUUGUUAAUGGUGGCUAAUUUACCUCUAAUUUCUCAUGGAGAGCACAUCCCUGAACUUUUCUAGUCUCGUGAUCGAGGAAAUAAAUAACCCUUUGAAAGCGUUUGCUCAGGCUUUAUUGUAUAAGCAAAAUACUGUGUGGGAAUUGAUUGUUACUGAUGUUAAAUAAAUUUUUCAUUUGCUAAAAUGGAUAAGUACUUAUAUUUGACA